AUGUCUCCCACUGCAGCCCUGCGCAAGCUAUUUCUCAUCAGCCUAGUCUCGACGGCUUAUGCAGCCGCCACUCGCUAUAAUGUCCCUCUACCUGAGGGCGCCACGGUCCUGGACACCGAAAAUGACCUCCGAGAAUUCGUUACCUCCCACCCGGAUGUCGAUCUCGAGACUGCGAACGGAGGCUACACCAUCCAACAGCCUAAUGGCCUAGUGCUGGCUUAUGUUGGGGACAGUCUCAGCAAAGACCUGGACGAACGUAUGAAGUCUUUGGAGCUUUAUGAAAAUCUCUUGGCGGAGAAAGGCAUGCAAGUGUGA